AUGGCUUCUGUAGCAGCAUGGUUACCAUUUGCGCGAGCUGCCGCAAUUGGUUGGGUACCAAUCUCACGGCAACCAAUGCCUGCUGCUCCUAUUGCCAUACAAGCUAAAGAUUUAGCCGUAGAUCAUGUUUCUGAUGAAAAAAUCUCAAUUAAUAUAUCGGGUCGUCGGUUUGAAACAUGGAGAAAUACGCUAGAAAAAUUUCCAGAAACUUUACUUGGUUCAAACGAAAAAGAAUUUUUCUAUGAUGAAGAAACAUCAGAGUAUUUUUUUGAUCGAGAUCCGGAUAUUUUCCGUCAUAUUCUCACGUUUUAUCGAACGGGCAAACUGCAUUAUCCAAAACACGAGUGCCUUGUUGCCUAUGAUGAAGAGCUUUCAUUUUUUGGAAUUAUGCCUGAUUUAAUCAGCGAUUGCUGUUAUGAGGAUUAUAAAGAUAAAAAGCGAGAAUAUCAGGAAAAAUUAUUAGAAGAACGCUUUGAAAUAACUGAAAAGCAUAAAGAAAAAUUAUCAGUGCGUCAAAAAAUGUGGGAAGCAUUUGAAAGUCCUCAUACAUCUUCUGUGGCACUUGUUUUUUAUCAUGUUACCGGCUUUUUUAUUGCCGUAUCAGUUUUGUGCAAUAUUAUUGAAACAGUGCCAUGCAAAUAUAUGCUUGAUGAUACAAGUAUUUCUUGUGGAGAUCUUUAUGAACGGCAGUUUUUUGUACUGGACACUGCAUGUGUAAUCAUUUUCACAGUGGAAUAUUUAUUACGAUUAUUUGCUGCUCCUGAUAGGUGUAAAUUUUUGCACUCAAUAAUGAGCGUUAUUGACGUUAUUGCUAUUUUGCCAUAUUACGUGGGCUUGGGUUUUACGAACAAGAAGGAUGUUUCAGGUGCAUUCGUCACUUUACGUGUCUUUCGUGUAUUUCGGAUAUUUAAAUUUUCUCGUCACUCUCAGGGUUUACGCAUACUUGGUUACACGUUAAAAUCAUGUGCUAGCGAGCUUGGCUUUUUAGUAUUCUCACUUGCCAUGGCAAUAAUUAUUUUUGCAACAGUUAUGUAUUAUGCAGAAAAAAAAGUUGUCGAUACUAGAUUCACAUCAAUACCUGCUGCAUUUUGGUACACAAUUGUCACUAUGACAACACUUGGUUAUGGUGAUAUGGUACCUGCUACAAUCAUGGGUAAAAUUGUUGGUGGUGUUUGUUCUCUUAGUGGUGUUUUGGUAAUCGCUCUUCCGGUUCCAGUAAUUGUUAGUAAUUUUUCUCGAAUAUAUCAUCAAAACCAACGUGCUGAUAAAAGAAGAGCUCAAAAGAAAGCUCGAUUAACUCGUAUUAGAAUUGUAAAAAAUGCUAGCGGGCAAGCUUUGUAUAGCAAGAAAAAAGCACAUGAAGCAAGGAUGCAAGCAUUUGAACAAGGCUCACUAAGUGUUGAUUCAUUGAAAGAUGAAGAUAUUUUUGAAAUUCAACAUCGACAUUUAUUACAGUGCUUGGAAAAAGCUACUGAAAGAGAACUGACGGAAAAAGAUAUCGCAUCUAACAAUAAUCUCAAAACAAUUCCUCUCAGUUUAUCGACAUCCCAGGAUUUGCCGGAAUCAAAUAAUAUUGGAUAUUUGCGAUGGUUUGAUUGUUGCAGUACUUGCUUAAGUAUGGUUUAG